AUGGAUGCGUCUGUGCGUCGGAGGGUCUGUUUUAGGGAAGAGCCUCCCCCGCUGCACACUGCCGACCCACACGCACCCCCCGCAUACCCCCAGCGCACCCUCGCGGGGGGAGGGGGCCGACGUACCCUGAAGCGUCCCCCCGCAGAGGGCGGCGCUGUCGCCCAUUGGCUAACGAGUCCGAUGAGCCCCAGUACCCAGAAGGCUCUGGAGCACAGUUCGGAGCCCCACACGCCACGCCUCAGUCUGCCUGCGCCCCUCAGCCUCGCGGGGCAGUGCUCAGGCCUCCUGAGCCUCGCUGCCACCUUUGACUUCUCUUCCCUUUUCUCCCGUUGCCCAGUUGAGGCCAGGCAACAGGCACGAGCAGACCUACCAGCAGACCUAAGAGUGGUGCCAGAGGAGCAGCCUCUGCUCCUCGAGACCCGUCAGCGGGAACUGAUAGCUGCCGCCAUCAUGCUUCCCUUCCCGCUCUUGCCCUGUGGAGACGAAGCAGCAGGCCUCCGCGAGGUGGCGUCGGGCCAGCCGCCACUCAACGCCAUGUGGCGCCGACUUUCUGAGGAACACACUUACCGAGUUAGAGACCCACAGUUUUCGCAGAAAGUGUGGGGCGGCCUGAGACGCAAAGCCCGCCUGCCGCCAGCGUUGCCGCCCGAGUCUGCUGCAAAUUCUGAGACUCCAAAGCCAACCAUCUCGAGAGAGGCCAGCACCCAAUCCUCAUCAUCUACAACCAGCCAAGGCUAUGUUUUACCUGAAGGCAAAAUCAUGCCAAACACCGUUUUUGUUGGUGGAAUUGAUGUUAGGAUGGAUGAAACUGAAAUUAGAAGUUUCUUUGCUAGAUAUGGUUCAGUGAAAGAAGUGAAGAUAAUCACGGAUCGAACUGGUGUGUCCAAAGGCUACGGAUUUGUUUCAUUUUAUAAUGACGUGGAUGUGCAGAAGAUAGUAGAAUCACAGAUAAAUUUCCAUGGUAAAAAGCUGAAACUGGGCCCUGCAAUCAGGAAACAAAAUUUAUGUACUUAUCAUGUGCAGCAACGCCCUUUGGUUUUUAAUCCUCCUCCUCCACCACAGUUUCAGAGUGUCUGGAGUAAUCCAAAUGCUGAAACUUACAUGCAGCCUCCAACCAUGAUGAAUCCUAUAACUCAGUAUGUUCAGGCAUAUCCUCCUUAUCCAAGUUCACCAGUUCAGGUCAUCACCGGAUAUCAGCUGCCUGUGUAUAAUUAUCAGAUGCCACCACAAUGGCCUACUGGGGAACAAAGGAGUUAUGUUAUACCUCCGGUUUAUACAGCUGUUAACUACCACUGUAGUGAAGUUGAUUCAGGAGCUGAAGUGUUGACAAGUGAAUGCUCAGUUCAUGAAGCUACUCCAUCGUCUGGAAAUGGCCCACAAAAGAAAUCUGUGGACCGAAGCAUACAGACAGUGGUAUCUUGUCUGUUUAAUCCAGAGAACAGACUGAGAAACUCUGUUGUUACUCAAGAUGACUACUUCAAGGAUAAAAGAGUGCAUCAUUUUAGAAGAAGCCGGGCAGUGCUUAAAUCUGUUUGA